AUGUCCUCGCCGUCUAUUCAGUCGUUUUUCACCAAGCCGAUUGCAGUUCUAGGCAGUGCAAACCCUACUAAAGUACCACAUCCUGACGGGUUCACACAGGAAGAACUUGACGCACCCACCAGCCCUCUUGCUCGAGCCUGGAGACCAACCGUCACAUACAGGGAAAUUUCGAUUACUGACAUCGUUCCCGGGCCGGGAAACAUCUCUUUUUCGGGUCGCAUUGUCAACUAUAGGCCCUCAGAGGUGGACAAGAUAGGCGGGCAAUACUCAAGGCCAUGGCACUUUCUAGUCAUCAAGGAUGACACUGGUGUUCUUGGUGUCAAAUUGACGCCAAUUGGCAUACCCGUCGCCACGUUCGUCCUUGGAAGGCUCGUUACUGUCUGGGCUACAUACAUUGGAACCCCUUCGUCGACUCCCUGCACCAUCCCUUACAUGACGAGCUGCACCAGUGUCAAUCCUGAGCGGGGAACGAAGCAAUUCAUUCGGUUUUUUGAGGACACAAGCGAGAAUGACAUGCUUCAUCGAGUCCCGUUAGGGUCCGGACUUUCCGAUGAACCCCUGAGACCUCUUCCUGACCUGAUGACGCUGGGUACUUACGGUAAGACUGGACACGACGACGUCCGUGGCGUCAUGCUGCUUGUUUGCGUCAGCAGCGUUGGUAGGCGGCGACAGGUGAGGAAGGCUGGAAGAGACGAGUUCUUGGAACUCAUAGAGGUGAUCGUGUGCGACAACACCGGGAGUUGUGUCUUCACUUUAUGGGAGGACAAAAUCAACUCGGCUCGAGCAUGGACACCGAACAAGACUAUCCUGCUCAUCGUAAACCCCAAGCGACAGAACCGUCGCGGUAGCGGUGGUCAGGUCAAUAUCGGCAUCGGCAUCGACAACGCCACGUUGGUUGACGUAGAGCCCCGAGGCCCCGAUGCCGACUGGCUUCGAAGAUGGGCAAAGGACCGACUGAAGAAAGAGGCUGUGUGUAUAGCUUUCCCGGACAACAUAUGGAAUGCGGAGGAAGCUGUCAAUGGUCCCAUCCGGGCCUUGUUUACUGUUGCUGAGGUAGACGAAUUUGUCCGCAGCGAUUCUCAGUUGGAGUUUACUGGCAAGCUCAGUCUCAUCAUUGUGGAUAUGGAAUUGACCAGUUUGUGGCAGAGAAAGAUGCUCUGCUGUACUGAAUGUUGUGGAGUGCCCCUUUAUGCCAACAUUAGCAUGGCUACGUGCCAAAACUGCCGGUCCCCUCAGCAUCUGUCUUUCAACCCUCGGAUCAUGGGCACAUUGGUGGAUGAAACAGGCUGCAUCGAGAAGGGCAAACUGAUGUGGAGUCUUGAUGCAUGGAAACAGCUCCUUCUGCCCGAUGGGGAUGCAACGAGUUACCAGCAAACCAACGACCUGCAAUCAGACGCUGCAAGUCCUGGGACUGUCGUUGGCGAUCACCCAAAUUGUACUAACAUGGAUCAAAUCUGGGUCAAACUGACAGAAAAGGGGGCUCAGUCGAUCAGAAGCAUUGAGGAUCAGUUGUUGUAUUCUCGCGUCACACUCACUUUUGGAUGGGCGCCUGCGAUCGAGAGACUGUGUAUACUUGGAGUGGAAUGGUAA